UUGAGAUUGAGACGACCAUCACAGGCCCCAAAUGAUCGAAAAAUUCAUGUUUUGAUGGGCACAGGAGAGGAUAUAACAACGUUCCAUAUUGCAAGGUCAGAUAAAAUCGACCAAUAUAAAUGUAGCUGAGAUCAUUGUGAUCAUGGAACUAUAAAGGCAGGAGUGGACUACAGAAAAGUUUGUCCACCAUCCCAUAAGGCUUUCCACAUUGUCAUCUACUGGUGCUACGUUCCAUUUAUAGCACAUAUCUGCCGGAGUGAGAAGACAUUAACAGGAGGAGGCCACGUCGAGCGUCAACAUGUCCGCCGGUGCUUUCGUCGACAAGAUCGAUCCGUUUGCGAAGAGGACGCACAAGAAGAGGCAGCGCCGGUCGCAGGGCUCGUCCCGCUAUCGCACGCAGGGCGAUCAGGAACUCACAGCACUUCCACUACUGAAAGAUGUUCCGUCAAGCGAACAGACCGAUCUGUUCAUCAAGAAGCUGCAGCAGUGCUGCGUCGUCUUCGACUUCAUGGACCCCGUGUCAGACCUGAAGAGCAAAGAGGUGAAGCGGGCAUGCUUGAAUGAGCUCGUGGAUUUCAUCACAGGCAACCGAGGUGUCAUGGUGGAGCCAGUGUAUCCUCACGUCAUACAGAUGGUCUCGAGCAACUUAUUUCGCACUCUCCCACCAAGCGAAAAUCCAGAGUUUGACCCAGAGGAGGACGAUCCAACGUUAGAGGCUUCCUGGCCACACCUACAGAUUUCUUAUGAGUUCUUGUUACGUUUCCUGGAAUCGCCAGACUUCCAGCCCAGCAUAGGCAAAAAAUACAUUGAUCAAAAGUUUGUUCUUCAGUUGUUGGAGCUGUUUGACAGUGAAGACCCAAGAGAGCGAGAUUUUCUCAAAACCGUGUUGCACAGAAUCUACGGAAAGUUCCUUGGUCUCAGGGCAUACACACGCAAGCACAUCAACAAUAUUUUUUUAAGUGAGUACCUGAUAUCAUCUUAUAUGCUUUACUGUACAGUGAUGUACCUGGGAGAGAUCGAAGAGAUACUCGACGUCAUCGAGCCGAGUCAGUUUGCCAAGGUGCAGGAGGUGCUCUUCAAGCAGAUAGCCAAGUGCGUGUCGAGUCCGCACUUCCAGGUGGCGGAGCGAUCGCUGUACUUUUGGAAUAACGAGUACAUCAUGAGUUUGUUAGAAGAGAACUCUAAUGUGAUUCUGCCAAUCAUGUUCCCUGCACUGUACUGGAUAUCAAAGGAGCACUGGAACCAGACGAUCGUGGCGCUUGUCUACAAUGUGCUCAAGACGUUCAUGGAGAUGAACAGCAAGCUGUUUGACGAGCUGACGUCCAACUACAAGGCCGAGAGACAGAAAGAGAGGAAGCGAGAGAAGGACCGAGAGGAACUGUGGAAAAAGCUGAACGACUUGGAGAUCCAGAAGAGGCCGAAGCCAUCGCCGUCGUCGGUGCAGAACGCGAGCGGAGGCGGCGCCACGGCAACCACCGACGCCACCCAUCCGACGAAAAGCUGAGCUCCCACGCCACGAGGUGUCGCCACCGCUGUCGCCGCCAUCGUCGUCGUCGUCGUCGCCCCCACCACCGCCUCGCCUCUCGCCCGCGCGCGGUCGCGAGACAGUGCUAGGUUAUCCACAGAGCAGCAGUCGAUCCUCCGGGAAUCGAUCCGAGAAGACGAUCCGGAUCCGGGAGCGUUCCCGCUCGAGAGGCCGGGCGGGAAAGGCGAGUUGCUUCGUCGACGUUCCCGGCGGGGAGGUCCGUCGAAGCGCGCGCACGUUCGCUUGUUUUCGGUCGGGCGACGAGCGGGUGUCGCGCGCGUGAUCGGAGCGAGACGUGUCGUCUCUCGCCCCGCGUGCGCACGAGCGCAGGCCGCAUGUUCUAGAGGUCAGAAGUCGUAGGCUAGAGGUCACUCAGAGGUCACUCUUCUUCUCGUCACUCUCCUGUGUUUAGUGCGAGUUUGUUCGACAUUCUGUUGUUUGCGUCGAGUAAAAUGAAUGUGGACGAAGGCAGCCCCCCCCCCAGCAUAUCAAAUACGUAGCACUGGAAAAUUGUACACAAUAGGAUAACCUAAGACCUACCACAGGUGUAUUGACCGUAGCACUGGUCGAUCACAUACCUAGCACUAGUAUGCCGUACACAUGGCACUGGUCUGUCUUAGCACUGGUAUAUCCUAUAUCUAACCCUGUUAUAUUGUAUACCUUGCAUUGGUAUGUUAUAUAAUUUACCCUGAUAUAUUUUAUACCUAGCACUUGUGUAUUGCGUAUCUAGCAUUGGUACGACAGGUACCUAGCGUUGGUAUAUCGUAUAACUACUAGCAGUGGUUUGUUGUAUACCUAGUGCUGGUAUAGAAUGCACCUAGUGUGUGUGUAUCGCACACCACGUCGCCACGUUUCAACCUGGGCCUCGUGCGAGUGUGUGUUGCAGCCAUUUCAUUGGCGAGGUGUCCCUGUUUGCAGGCAGGGGAUCCCUGAAUAUCGACGGCGGCUGAGCGGCGUGCGCGAGAGAGGUGUUAGUAAUUAAGGGUGAUUAAGGUUGUGAUAGGUGUGCCCAGGAGGUCUCGUUCACAAUGUUCAGACUGCGACCUCCUCCGUGUGUGCAUGCGUGUGCGUGCGUGCGUGCGUGCGUGCGUGCGUGCGUGCGUUCACGUGUUUCUGGAAAUACAGGACCACCCUUCCUUCUCCCGACCUCCCCCCUUCCUUCUCCCGACCUCCCCCCUUCCUUCU